AUGGAUUGGAAGACUGAGAAGGCUCUUUUAGAGUAGGAAAACGAACUGUUGGAAAUGUAGUUAAAAGAGCUACGAGAAAGAGAAGAUUCUUAUAAGAUAUUUAACGAAUCGAUGCUAAAUGCUUACAAUUCAAUGCAGAAUGAUGUUCAGAAAUAAAAUGUAAAGGUUUUUUAUUAUGUUAAUUCAGAGCAACAUUCAUAAGCAAUUACAACAAACUUUGGAACAAUUUUCUCAAGAUUUAAUUGAAUCCAGAAAUAGAAAUAACACUAUGCUGCAAUAAAUGGAGAAAGAAAAUCGAAACUUAAAGGAUUACUUAGAAUUAUUAGAAUUUCAAAUUUCUGAAUAGAAGUAGGAGCAAAUGAGAGAACUAGAAGAGUUUAAAUAANAUUUAUUUGCUAAACCGUAUCAACUGGAUAAUAUUUGA